CAAACCAAAGACGACACGGAAGAUAGCUAAUCAACUAGCUCCUGGCUGCAGCAGAUGACGACGUCCACCAAAACACUGGAUCAUUCCAACUGUUCAACUCAGUCUCCAGAUGCUUCCAUCAGCUAAGUUGGAUCCCUGCUUACGAGGCCUCCCGACAUGGCGGACAACGAGGAAGCGUUUGGUCUCCAAAAUUCGCCAAGUGAAACGGAAUCGAAGGAUUUACACACUGAAAGUAAACCGGAGAAACAAAAUGGAACUUCAAGCAAAUCGCCGUCAUCGCAGACAACUUAUAUUCAACAGGGAAUGGAAGGAAUUAAGGUAUAUUUGCAUGAAAGGGAGCUGUGGAUGAAAUUUCACGAAGUGGGCACAGAAAUGAUAAUCACCAAAGCUGGCAGGCGAAUGUUCCCCAGCUUCAAAGUUAAGGUGACUGGACUGAACCCCAAAACGAAAUAUAUACUUCUGAUGGAUGUCGUGCCUGCGGAUGACCACCGCUAUAAAUUUGCCGACAAUAAAUGGUCCGUCACUGGGAAAGCAGAGCCGGCGAUGCCCGGGAGGCUCUACGUCCACCCGGACUCCCCUGCCACAGGAGCGCAUUGGAUGAGGCAGCUUGUCUCUUUUCAAAAGCUUAAGCUGACUAACAACCACCUCGAUCCCUUCGGGCACAUUAUUCUGAAUUCUAUGCACAAAUAUCAGCCGAGGAUCCACAUCGUGAAAGCGGAUGAGAAUAAUGGAUUCGGAUCCAAAAACACUGCGUUCUGCACUCAUGUGUUCCCAGAAACGGCCUUCAUUGCAGUCACAUCCUACCAAAAUCAUAAGAUAACUCAGCUAAAGAUUGAGAACAAUCCGUUUGCGAAAGGCUUCCGGGGGAGUGAUGACAUGGAACUGCACCGGAUGUCACGCAUGCAAAGCAGUAAAGAGUACCCGGUGGUGCCCAGGAGCACGGUGCGCCAGCGGGUGGGCACCAGCCAGAGCCCCUUCAGUGGCGAGGUGCAGGGCCUGGGCCCGGCCAGCGGCCUGGGCGCCGCGUACCCCUGCGAGAACGGCGUCAGCAGCACCUCGCAGGACCUGCUGCCCCAGUCGGGCUCCUACCCGCUGCCCCACGAGCACGGCCAGGACUACCACUGCAUCAAGAGAAAAGUGGAGGAUGACUGCCACACAGGCGACCACUCUUACAAGAAGGCCUACAUGGAGAGCUCCUCUAGCGAGGAGGACCAUUACUACCGUCCCGUGGCCUACUCCCAGCCCCUGGGCCUGGCCGGUGCCGGUGCCGGACCCUACCGGACCGAGGCGGGCCAGCGGCAGGCGUGCAUGUACGCCAGCGCCACGCAGGCGUCCGAGCCCGUGCCCAGCCUGGAGGACAUCAGCUGCAACACGUGGGCGGGCGUGUCGCCGUACGGCAGCUGCUCGGUGGCGGGCAUGCAGCCCAUGGACCGGCUGCCGUACCACCAGCACUUCUCGGCGCACUUCGCCUCGGGCCCGCUGGUGUCUGCCGCCGCCGCCGCCGCCGCAGCUGCAGCGCGGCAGUGCAGCCCCGGCAGCGCCGUCUCCGGCCUGCAGUCGCCCGGCACAGGGCCGCCCCCGGGCCUCCAGGGGAACGAGUACCCGCUGUACCCGCCGCACAGCCUACCGCGCACGCUCUCGCCGCACCAGUACCACGCCGUGCACAGCGUCAGCAUCAUGCCCGACUGGAACGAGGGAAGCUAACUUGCCCAGGAGAAGAAGGUUUCCGCGGGGGACAAAAAAAGGGUCGAGGAGAUUUGGAGAAUGACUGAGGAGUCGGGUGUCGGCGAUUGCAUAUAUUUAUAUCUCAUAUGUUUAUGUGGAGAAGAGUACGUUGCUCACCUUCAGACUCGUAUGGUCUUGUGACAUCAGUUUUUAAGACCAUCAUGUCGAGACGUUUAGAGACUUUAAGGCGAGAGGCCAAGUAGCACAGACAUCUUUAAAGAUGAUUUUUUUUUUUUCGGACAGUCUGGCCACCCAUGUCAGAUAUCCACCAGAGAUUUUCUUUUCAGGGUUGAAGGAUGAAGUAUCAAGUCAGUUUGUAAAGUAUAUGUGUAUAGUACAGUAUAAUAUGGAAAGAAAAAAGAUAAGCUACAAGCUUUUCCCCAUUUUUUUUAAAGUGACGGACUGAAGCACAGGCCUACGAUUGCAUCACCAGACCCGUUUUUUUAAAGCAAUUUUUAUAUUCUAUUUUUCAUCUUUGUGUUGUGGUAUGCUUUUGUUUUUUGUCUUUGUAAUCCGCUAAUAUGAAAAGAUUGUUAGAUGGAUCAUUUCCUUUAAAAAAAAAAAAAAAGUAAUUAUGUUGACACCACCCUUAAAUAUGUUUUUUUUUUUGUUUUCCUUUUUGUUGGCUAAUAUGUUCUAUGUAAAUGUUACUCAGAAAAAGAGAAGACAAUCACCAGUCAGGAAAGUCAAGCCGAGUGUACAAAAGAAAGAAACAAAAGUGUUUCUAUAGAGUGCAGACUUCUGGUUGGGGGCAAACCGAUGCACUUAUGCAGUUUAGGACAGUUCAGGGACAUACCUCACCUCAUCUUUAGCCAAGUUGAUGAGCGGAACCAUCCGACUAUAAUUAAUGUAUCAGUCUGAAGUAAUAGUUUCCUAUAAGACACAGUCAGUUGCAAUUUGUUUUUUUCUCUUUCUUUUAUCCACGAGGGUUCACAGUAACAGAGACAGUUAAUCAUAUAUGGAAUAUAUACACUAUUUAUUUAUAUGGUGUGUGUAUGGUUCUGAAUGGCGUCAAGGUCGAUGUGUUGUGUUUGGCGUACAGCUGUGCCAUCUUAUGAAGAUCUCUGUAUUGUAUUUUCACUACGCCUUUAAUUUCAAGAACCGCUCCCCAUCCUCGACGGUUGUGCUGAAAGCAUGAUGUCAAACAGUGCUGGGCCAUUACAGUCAGUGAUACGUUGAUACAUGCCAUGCAUUUUGUACUUAAGUUUUUGUCAGUCCUGUUUCCAAUAGAGGUAUUUUCUGGAAG